AUGGUUGGCCUUGCGAGACAUGUUGACUCGGAUGAGAUCGUCCAACGCCUCCAUGGAAUGCACAUGGCUGAAGCUGGGAAACGUCAUGUUCAUACCAAUGGCGGCACGUCGCACAUAACUCCAUAUUCGACACGAUAUGCGAGCCGGCAAGAUAUCCCCAAGUUUCAAAUCCCGCAGCAGGGAGCGCCAUCCGAUGCUGUCUACCAAAUUCUCAAGGAUGAACUUGAUCUAGAUGGAAAACCAAAUCUGAACUUGGCAAGCUUCGUUGGAACAUUCAUGGAAUCCCGUGCCGAGCAAUUGAUGAUUGAGAAUAUCUCGAAGAACAUGGCCGACUCCGACGAAUAUCCUGCUCUAAUGACUAUGCAUACCCGCUGUGUCAGCAUUAUCGCCGACUUCUGGGGCGCGAAGAAAGAAGAGAAGCCGAUUGGAUCAGCAACAACUGGUUCAUCAGAGGCCAUCCACCUGGGAGGGCUCGCCAUGAAGCGGCGAUGGCAAGAAAAGAGAAAGGAGGAGGGGAAAGACAGCAGCAAACCGAACAUCAUCAUGGGAGCCAAUGCUCAAGUUGCAUUGGAAAAAUUCGCCCGAUAUUUCGACGUCGAAGCACGGAUUCUACCAGUAUCCAAAACGAGUAACUACAGGCUGGAUCCUGACCUGCUGAAAGAAAAUAUCGACGAAAAUACCAUUGGCGUCUUUGUUAUACUGGGAAGCACAUACACGGGUCACUAUGAGCCCGUGGAGGAAAUCUCUAAUAUCCUUGACAAAUACCAACAGAAGACUGGAGUCGACAUCCCCAUCCAUGUCGAUGCAGCCAGCGGUGGCUUCGUAGCCCCCUUCACACAUGCUGGAGCCGGAGGCCCAAAGUGGAACUUUGACCUACCCCGCGUGAAGUCAAUCAACACCUCCGGACACAAGUUCGGCCUCGUCUAUGCUGGCGUGGGCUGGAUAAUCUGGCGCGACGAGUCGUACCUCCCUAAGCAUUUGAUAUUCGAGCUCCAUUACCUGGGCGGGACCGAAGAGUCAUUCACGCUGAACUUCUCCCGACCAGGCGCUCAGGUCAUUGGGCAGUAUUUCAAUCUCAUACACCUUGGAUUCAGUGGCUAUCGCUUGAUCAUGGAAAACUGCCUCGCAAACGCUAGACUUUUGUCGAAAAGCCUCGAAGCUACGGGUUGGUAUGUGUGUUUGUCUGAUAUACACCGCCAGAAAGGCGUGCAUGACUACAAUGACGAAAAUGGAGGGGCAUUCGCGACAACCGACAGCCCAACUUCCGCCGCAUAUAACGCCGGUCUCCCUGUCGUGGCAUUUUGCUUCUCAGAUGCGUUUAAGAAAGACUACCCGCACGUGAAGCAGGAGUCCGUCUCCCAACUGAUGCGCGCGAGACAGUACAUCAUCCCGAAUUACGCUCUUCCCCCUGGCGAGGAAAAGACCGAGAUCCUGAGAGUGGUAGUACGAGAGUCGAUGAGCUUCGAUCUGCUAGACCGGCUUAUUGCGGGUCUGUGCUCUGUCACGCAGAUCCUGCUUGAGAAUGAUGAGAUAGAUUUGAAGCUUCUUCGGGCCCGGCAGACUACGGAGGGUGCUCGUGGGAGGGUGGGGAAGCAGGGUGAUGGUAAUGACAAGGGUAACGAUAUGGAUGGCGGCGUUCAUCGGAACGUAUGUUAA